AUGGUUUCCAAACUAUCAUCUCUACAGCAAGAACUUCUCAAUGCUCUCUUGAGCUCUGGAGCGACCAAAGAUAUCCUUGUACAAGCUUUGGAAGACCUGAUUCCCACACCCAGUUUUGGGGUGAAGUUGGAAAAUCUACAGAUGUCUCCAGUGCAUGACCCUGACACUAAGCCUGUAUUUCACACUCUCACUAAUGGGCAUUGCAAGGGGAAACUCUCUGGAGACGAGGGGUCAGAAGAUGGGGAUGAUUUUGAUACCCCACCGAUCCUUAAGGAACUUCAAUCCCUUAAUACUGAGGAAGCAGCAGAGCAAAGGGCUGAAGUGGACCGAAUGCUAAAUGAGGACCCAUGGAGGGCUGCAAAAAUGAUAAAGGGUUACAUGCAACAGCACAACAUUCCUCAAAGGGAAGUGGUGGACAUUACAGGCUUAAACCAAUCCCAUCUUUCCCAACAUCUCAACAAAGGAACCCCUAUGAAGACCCAGAAACGAGCUGCUUUAUACACCUGGUAUGUGAGGAAGCAAAGAGAGAUUCUUAGACAAUUCAACCAAACAGUCCAGGGUUCUGGCAAUAUGACAGACAAAAGCAGUCAGGAUCAGCUGCUAUUUCUCUUUCCAGAGUUUAAUCAGCAAAACCAAGGCCCAGGCCAGUCUGAUGAUUCCUGUUCAGAGCCCGCCAGCAAGAAGAUGCGGCGUAAUCGCUUCAAAUGGGGGCCCGCUUCCCAGCAUAUUCUCUACCAAGCUUAUGAGAGACAAAAAAACCCCAGCAAGGAAGAAAGGGAAACUUUAGUUGAGGAGUGUAACAGAGCAGAAUGCCUACAGCGGGGAGUAUCACCAUCUAAGGCUCACGGUUUGGGAUCUAAUUUGGUGACUGAAGUUCGUGUCUAUAACUGGUUUGCUAACAGGAGGAAAGAAGAAGCUUUUCGACAAAAACUGGCUAUGGAUGCAUAUAGCACAGGACCAUCACAUCCUCACCCAAUGAACACUCUUCUGUCACAUGGAUCUCCUCAUCAUACACAGUCUAGCACAUCUCCCCCAAGCAAAUUGCAAGGAUUAAGAUAUAACCAACAGGGAAACAUUGAAGUGACUUCCUCAUCUUCCAUUAGUCAACACGUAAAUAAUGCAAUGGUGACCAGCCAGUCUGUUUUACAGCAAGUUUCUCCAGUGAGCUUGGAUCAGAGCCACAGCAUGCUUUCACCUGAUGGGAAAUUGAUAUCGGUUUCCGGAGGUGGAUUACCACCCGUGAGCACUUUGACUAAUAUUCAUAGUUUAUCCCAGUCAGUUCAUCACAAUGGCCAACAGUCUCAGAACCUCAUUAUGGCACCCAUUUCCGGUGUCAUGGCUAUAACACAAAAUUUAAAUACCAGCCAGGCACAGAGUGUACCAGUCAUCAACAGUGUCGGAAGUUUGGCAGCUCUACAGUCCGUACAGUUUUCACAACAGCUACACAGUCCGCAUCAACAGCAAAUAAUGCAACAGUCUUCUAGUCACAUGUCCCAGCAGCCAUUUUUAUCAGCUGUAACUCAGCUUCAGAAUUCACACAUGUAUGCACACAAGCAAGAACCUCCCCAAUAUUCCCACACAGCACGUUUCCCAUCAGCCAUGGUUGUAACAGACACCAGCAGUAUCAGCACAUUAUCAAACAUGUCUUCCAGUAAACAGUGCCCUUUGCAAGCUUGGUGACAUUGCGCACCUGAUGUAUAUUUUGCAUAGCAACAUGAAGAUAUUUGUCACAACAUCUCAAGAC